AUGACCACGGCGAUCGUCGAGGUCGCAGGUCGCGAUCAACCCUCAAUCCCGUGUCGAGCAUUGGUCGAUACCUGCGCUAACGCGAACUUCAUCACGGAGGAGUUCGUCGCGAAACUCCAGCAUCCCGUCACGAAAUCGGCCGCAACCAUCGAGACGCUGAACGCCAUGCGAACGGUCACAAGCAAGAUUGUGAAAACCACCAUCAAAUCCCGUCUUUCGAACUACAAGCGGGAUUUGACGUUUUUCACAAUCCCACGCAUUGCGGGGUUCGUACCGGAGGAGCCGAUUGACCGUGGUCAACUCAGCAUCCCAGCUAACAUUCCACUAGCUGAUCCACACUUCUACCGUCCAGCGCCCGUAGACAUGCUGAUCGGAAGCGGUCCUGCCCUCGCAUCGCUCAGCAUAGGGCAAAUCAACUUGUCUGCACGUGGCAACCCGGAUCUCGUCCUCCAGAAAACCCAACUGGGAUGGAUCAUCGGGGGGAGCGCACCGGCAAGGAAACCUCAAACGACGCGAAAAACCUUCCUGACAAAGUUGAGUUUCGACCUCAGAAGAUUUUGGGAAUUGGAAGAGGGACCAUCCGAACGGCACCUCUCGUCCGAGGAGAAACGAUGCGAGGAUCACUUCACCCAACAUCUUCAGCGAAACGAGACAGGUCGGUACGUCGUAGCCCUGCCCUUCAACGGAAGGGAAUCAAUGCUCGGUGAAUCACGGUCUCGCGCUCUCAAUCGAUUUUUGGCGUUGGAGAGGAAAUUCUCGCGCGAUCCUGCUUUGAAGACGGAGUAUUCGACCGUCAUCAAUGAAUACCUGGCGCUCGGACAUUUGACUCAGGUAGGAAUCGAUGAUCCCCAGUCACCGGGUUUCUACCUGCCGCACCAUGCGGUCGUAAAGUCGUCGAGCGCGACUACAAAGGUCCGUGUUGUGUUCGACGGUUCCUCCAAAUCGAGUAGUGGCCUAUCACUGAACGACGCGCUGAUGAUAGGACCCACGAUACAGGACGACAUGUGGCUGCUACUUCUGCGAUUUCGCAUGCACGUGUAUGCGCUGACUGGCGACAUCGAGAAGAUGUAUCGCCAGUUCCUCGUUCGGCCAGAGGAUCGCAAAUAUCAACGGAUCCUGUGGAGAAACGCACACCACGAGCUCACUACGUAUGAGCUGAAUACGGUCACGUUCGGGCUCUCCGCGGCUCCAUUUCUAGCAAUUCGGUGCAUACACCAGCUAGCGAACGACGAAGAGUCCCACUUUUCAGCAGCUUCAAGGACGUUGAAGAGGGACUUGUACGUCGACGAUUUGCUGACUGGUGCCGAUACAUUGGAGGAAGCUCAGACCGUCUUCGGUGACGCGACCACCGUCAAGACCCUCGGUGUGGUAUGGGAUGCAACAGGGGACAUCAUCAGAUUCACCGUGAAUCACAACGUUACCACACGGGUAACGAAACGGUCCAUCCUGUCAUCGGUAGCAAAGAUCUUCGAUCCACUGGGACUCCUCGGACCGGUUACUAUCCUCGCGAAGCUCAUGAUCCAGCAGUUAUGGCAACUGAAGGUCGAUUGGGACGAAUCCCUUCCAGUUGGCAUACACACCGAAUGGUCAACCUUCGCAGAGGAUCUACGAGCGAGCGUAUGGAGCAUGUAUCUACGUUCGAUCCAUCAGCACCAGCGGCAGGAUACGGGUACACUGAAGACCGUUCCGCUCGCACGACUGGAGCUUUGCGGGGCUUCCCUGCUGGCUACUUUGACGACCUCGGUUCAAGGGGCACUCGGCACCGAUCCCGCAGCCAUCACCUUCUGGACCGAUUCCACCAUUGUUUUGAAUUGGCUCCACAAGGAACCAAGCGGUCUCAAAACAUUCGUUGCGAAUCGCGUAGCGGAUGUUCAGGGUAAAACCGACAUAAACGCGUGGCGACACGUACGUUCCCACGACAACCCGGCGGAUCUGCUAUCCCGGGGACAAGCACCAGCGCAGUUCAUCAAGAACCAACACUGGCGCCACGGACCCACCUGGCUUUCAACACAUAAAUCAACGUGGCCUGAAACAAUAUUCGAGAUUCGGGAGGAUGUAUCGGAGAGAAAACGACUCACUUGUUUCACCGCGACCAUAAACAGUGAGGAAAUUUUGAACCGAUUCUCCUGUCUUUCUAGGUUAAAACAUGUCACCGCGUAUUGCCUACGGUUCAAGAAUCCACGAGCAUUCAGAGGACCUCUCACCAUCGAAGAGAUCCAAUCGGCCACCGUCCGCAUCCUACAACUGGCACAGGCAACAGCGUUUGCAUUGGAUCUUCGUUCAUUGAGAUCCGGCACCGAGCUCCACAAAAAGAGCAAGCUCCUUCCGCUGAAUCCGUUCAUCGACCACCAAGGACUGCUACGCGUCGGAGGCCGUCUCGUAAAUUCGACGCUGUCUUACAAUCAGCGCCAUCCGAUCCUCUUGCCGAAGAGUCAUCAUGUGACCGAACUUAUCAUCCGCCAGGCCCACCUUGAGAACCACCACGCAGGGAUCACGACUACCCUGUACGCCGUCCGGCAGGCCUAUUGGCCCAUCGACGGCAGAAACGCAACGCGGAAGAUCGUGAGGCGGUGCGUCAAGUGCUUCCGUAUGGACCCACCUGCCACAGCCUGCAGCAUGGGAAACCUACCUGCCGCACGAGUAACCGAGCACCGCCCGUUUUCCAAUUGCGGCGUGGACUAUUGUGGUCCCUUUUAUAUAAAAGAACGACGACAUCGCAAUCGCACUCGACUCAAGGUGUUCGUUGCCGUCUUCAUUUGUUUCUCAACGAAGGCAGUACACCUUGAAGUCGUAAGCGACAUGACCACAGAAGCAUUCAUCGGGGCUUUGCGACGAUUCAUCUCGCGGAGGGGGAUCUGCAAAAACAUCUAUUCCGACAACGGCACCAAUUUCGUUGGUGCGAACAACAUGUUGUCCGAGAUGCACGAGAUCUUGCGCAAUGGUGAGAACAAAAUCCGCCACUUCCUAACGGAGAAGCAAAUCUCGUGGCAUUUCAUCCCGGCGCUGUCUCCGAAUUUUGGCGGCCUUUGGGAAGCCGCCGUCAAAUGCUUCAAACACCACGUGAAGCGCGUGGUAGGAGAAGAACUAUUCUCAUUUGAGCAGUUCAACACUUUCGUGAUAGAGGUCGAAGCCAUCCUCAAAUCCAGACCCUUGACUCCUCUAUCUUCCGACCCGAACGAUCCCAUCGCACUCACUCCUGGCCACUUCUUGAUUGGUGAUUCCUUGACAAGUUUUCCUGAGAUUGAUUUCAGAAAAACUCCCAGCAACCGACUGUCCAAUUGGCAACACAUACAAAAGGUCAAACAAGACUUUUGGGCCCGCUGGUACAAGGAAUACAUCAAUCAACUCAACGUUCGCCAAAGGUGGACCAAGGGGUCGCCCAACAUCACCAAGGGUACCAUCGUCGUCCUGAAGGAGGAUAAUCUCCCACCACUGCAGUGGCGUCUCGGCUGUGUGGUACAACUCCACCCAGGACAGGACGACGUCGCCAGGGUCGUGACCGUGCGGACUUCCCAAGGAGUCUACAAGCGGAACAUGCGACAACUGGCACCUCUGCCCAUCGAGCACAGUGCUUAG